AUGUCUUCUCACAAGACUUUCAGGACCAAGUCAUUCUUGGCCAAGAAACAAAAGCAGAAUCAUCCCGUUCCCCAGUGGAUUCAGAUGAAAACUGGUAAUAAAAUCACAUGCAGCUCCAAGAGGGGACAUUGGAGAACCAAACUGGGUCUAUCAGGGAUCACACAGGAGAUGGCACCCAUGUUUGCACUGCAUGAUGGUCACGUGCUCAUAUCACUCUGUAAAUAUCACUACUAUCUAAACAAUAGACGUGUUUUAUCAGAAAAAUGA